AUGGCCGGCGCGCGGAUUGGCUGUUCGGGGAUCAGGGGCCGGGCCCGCGGGGCAGAGUCCGCCCCCGAACCUUCAAAUAGGAAGCCCCCGAUAGGCUCCCGCAGAUCCGAGGCUGUGCUGCAGACUGCUGGGGCCGGGGACAGGAGGCGGUGAGCCGAGCGCCGGGGCGCAGAGGCACCAGGGCCCGUUCAGGGCGCCAAGCCGCUCCACCGAGGCACCGCCGCGCCCCGCCCGGAGGCUCGGGGCCGUCGGGCGCCCGUCUCGCCUCCAGCCAUGGGGUCGGCGGCGCUGGAGAUCCUCGGCCUGGUGCUGUGCCUGGUGGGCUGGGUGGGCCUGAUCCUGGCGUGCGGGUUGCCCAUGUGGCAGGUGACUGCCUUCCUGGACCACAACAUCGUGACGGCGCAGACCACCUGGAAGGGGCUGUGGAUGUCGUGCGUGGUGCAGAGCACCGGGCACAUGCAGUGCAAGGUGUACGACUCGGUGCUGGCGCUGAGCACCGAGGUGCAGGCGGCGCGGGCGCUCACCGUGGGCGCAGUGCUGCUGGCGCUCGUCGCGCUCUUCGUGACCCUGGCGGGCGCUCAGUGCACCACCUGCGUGGCCCCCGGCCCGGCCAAGGCGCGGGUGGCCCUCACGGGCGGCGCGCUCUACGCACUCUGCGGGCUGCUGGCGCUCGUGCCGCUCUGCUGGUUCGCCAACAUCGUGGUCCGCGAGUUCUACGACCCGACGGUGCCCAUGUCGCAGAAGUAUGAGCUGGGCGCGGCGCUGUACAUCGGCUGGGCGGCUUCCGCGCUGCUCAUGUGCGGCGGCGGCCUCGUGUGCUGCGGCGCCUGGGUCUGCGCUGGCCGCCCCGACUUCAGCUUCCCAGUCAAGUACUCCGCGUCGCGGCGGCCCACGGCCACCGGCGACUAUGACAAGAAGAACUACGUCUGAGGGCGCCAGACUCGGCGGGGCCCCUCGCGCUAGCCACUCCCAUGAGCCGGACGACUGGCUAGGGAAGCCCCGCAUGCACGGAGGAACGACCGGCUCUGUGCCUGGACGUGGCGCACCGACUGACUUGAGACCCUGCUCGCGCCCGCAGCCCGUUCUCUCCAAUAGCCACUAGCCGGGCCCUGGGCCGCGCCCUGCCCUGAACAGGAGCCACGCACUUGGGAGAACUUGCUGGGUUUCUUUUUCUGUGCGCAGAGCUUGCUCUGAUGAGGGUGGGGCGCGUGUCCCUUUGGCUGAGUGGACAAUGGACUGAAACGCCAAUUCCCUCCUGGACCCUCAGGGUUUUGGAUGCCGUCAUCCUCCCCAGCGGCUCCAGCUGAUUCCAGCGGGGCAGACCGAGAGCCCAGGGGCCCCAACCUGGGCUGCCAGAGGGAUGUAUACAGCUGGCCUUUACCGCAUCAGUGGGGCCUGAGCCCAGGGGGACUAAAAGACUUGGCCUGGACCUCCCUGCCUCACCCCAGGAGCUCCCCAGGAGAUGCUUAUGGGCACCAGAUCCUGAGUGUGGAGCUGGGGCCCUGCCCUCCUUUGCAGCUUGUGGGGAGGGUAAGAGUUUGCUUAGUAAAUGGUUUGAAUACCCUC